CUAAGCGCGACGUUCAGAGAGUCAGUAAAAGUGACAUACGUUCUAGAUGAAAAACCCCUCGAGCGGAAGACCUUUUAAUGAUCAUCCAAGAUGGCGGUGCUCGUGGGGCUGCGUGCAUGUUUCUCUGCCCUUCAACUUUCUUCACCAAGCCUCCUGCACAACUCGUUCAAAUUGUGUGCUGUGCCUCUGAGUCGGCGGACCUUUGCUGCGGAGGCUAAGAAGACAUACAGCAGAGAGAAGCCCCAUGUGAACAUUGGAACAAUUGGCCAUGUUGAUCAUGGCAAGACCACCUUGACAGCAGCCAUCACAAAAGUGCUCGCUGAUGUUGGUGGUGCUCACUAUAGAAAGUAUGAGGACAUUGACAAUGCUCCUGAGGAGAAGGCACGAGGCAUCACCAUCAACGCCUCUCAUGUGGAAUACACCACAGCCAAUAGACAUUAUGCCCACACAGACUGCCCAGGUCACGCUGACUACAUCAAGAACAUGAUUACAGGCACAGCUCAAAUGGAUGGCUGCAUCCUGGUGGUGGCAGCCACUGAUGGCCAGAUGCCUCAGACACGCGAACACCUCCUGUUGGCCAGGCAGAUUGGCGUCGAGCAUAUUGUGGUUUUCAUUAACAAGGCCGACGCCGUGGAGGACAAGGAGAUGGUGGAGCUGGUGGAAAUCGAGAUCCGCGAGCUGCUCACUGAGUUUGGCUAUGAUGGCGAGAACACACCUGUUAUAAUAGGCUCUGCUCUCUGCGCCCUGGAGAACAGGGAUCCUGACUUGGGUGUGAAUGCAGUGAUGAAACUGCUGGAGGUUGUGGAUUCUUAUGUUCCUCUCCCCAAAAGAGAGCUGGAGAAACCUUUUCUUCUGCCCAUUGAAGGAAUUUAUUCUAUUCCAGGCAGGGGUACAGUGGUGACAGGCACUAUGGAGAGGGGUGUCAUCAAUAAAGGAGAUGACUGUGAGUUUGUGGGCCACAACUGCAAAAUCAAGUCUGUGGUUACAGGUAUCGAGAUGUUCCACAAGUCUCUGGAUCGGGCAGAGGCAGGAGAUAACUUGGGCGCUCUGGUGCGAGGUCUGAAGAGGGAGGAUGUAAGGAGAGGGAUGGUGCUGUGCAAACCAGGGUCCAUCAUGCCUCACCAGAAAGUCCAGGCCCAGGUGUAUAUUCUGAGUAAGGAGGAGGGAGGCAGACACAAACCAUUUGUCAGCAACUUCAUUCCUGUCAUGUUCUCUCUAACCUGGGACAUGGCCUGCAGGAUCACUCUGCCCAGUGACAAGGAAAUGGUGAUGCCAGGGGAGGACACCUCUUUGAUAAUGACCCUUCGCCAGCCAAUGGUUCUGGAGAAAGGCCAGAGGUUCACUUUGAGAGAGGGAAGCAAAACUAUUGGUACUGGCCUGGUCACAGACAUCCUGCCUAAGUCAGAUGACGAUAAUUGGGGCUGAAGGGAAACUCUGCAGUGAUGGCGGG